CUUCUUCCUCAGGACAGACAGAGAAUAUUGGAGGUCAUGACAGGAGCCGAUGUUGGUAAUGAAGCAUUGCUGCAGUACAACGAUAUUAUUACUAAUCUUAAUGAGGAAGGAGAUCAAAGUAGAAAGUAUAUUAAAGGAAUGGUGAACUACAAAGGAGAGAAAUUGCUGAAUAUGAUUAAUAAUCAACAAUUUGGUGGAUGGAAAUCAGCUUGUCGACUACUCGUAAUUGAUGUUGCUGAUGCUUUUGCAUUUUUUGGAAUUUCAACAAACUUAAUUAGUUAUCUCACUAAUCACUUUGGUCAAUCUACAGCCACGGCUGCUCUAAAUGUUAAUGUUUGGGUUGGUGUUGUGUUUAUGCUUCCGUUAAUAAUAUCUUUUUUUGCUGAUUCUUAUAUUGGUCGAUUUCGUUUCGUCUUAGCCUCUUCAUUCUUCGAAAUAUUGGGACUUGGCUGUUUAAGUAUAUGUGCUCUAAAUGGCUCGAUAAACUCGAGUAGUUGUGUUAGUAAUAAGAUGGAGGGAGAUAAAUCUUGCCCUUAUCCUUCUUCUGUGCAAGAAAGCUUCUUCUUCCUGUCUUUGUAUUUAGUCGCAAUUGGGAGCGCUGGAAACCAAUCAUGUGCACCAGCAUUUGGUGCUGAUCAAUUUGAUGGACAAAACCUGUCUGAAUGCGAAUCUAAGAGUUCAUUCUUCACUUGGGUGCAAAUUGGAAGCUCCGCUGGAAGUGUCCUCUCGAACACAAUAUUAAACUAUAUUCAAGAUAACUUGGGCUGGGGGCUUGGAUUUGGCAUUUCGUGCAUUUCAUCGACAGUGGCACUAAUUGUUUUCUUGUUCGGAAUCAAAACAUAUCGUUAUAGUGUUAUAGAUGAAGAAAAUGAAAACCCAUUAUUAGGAAUAAUCGAGGUGUUAGUUGCAUCUGUGAAGAAUUGGAGCAUCCAUUCUCCAUCGAGCACUUCCCAAGAGGAAGCGUCAGAAGGUUUUUUCACCAUGCCAAAUGAUGCAGAAAGCUCCAGUAACCAUGUCACUAAUAAUAAGGUUGAAGAAAAAAAAUCUUUAUUCCGGUUGAUGCCAGUGUGGAUCAUAUGUUUGAUAUACCCAGUGGUGUUGUCUCAAACCAUGACCUUAUUCACUAUGCAAAGUAGCAAGAUGGACAGAACAUUAGGUCCUGAGUUUCAAAUACCUGCCGCUUCAAUGAACAUCUUUGGUGGCUUAUCUGUUAUUCUGUUUUCUUGCAUGUAUGACCGAAUUUUUGUUCCUCUUGCUCGAUCUGUAACUGGAAAACCCAACGGCAUUACGACACUUCAGAGAAUUGGUACUGGAAUCUUUAUUUCCGCAGUAUCUAUGGCUUGUGCAGCUGUAGUGGAGCGUAAAAGGCUUCAAACGGCAAUUGAUUUUGAGUUAGUCGAUAUGCCAAAUGAAACAGUCCCAAUGAGUGUAUGGUGGUUGAUUCCGCAAUACUUACUAAUUGGUCUUGCUACUACGUUCACCAGUGUUGGUUUACAAGAGCUUUUCUAUGAUCAAGUUCCAAAUGGGUUAAAGAGUGUGGGCCUUUCUCUUAACUUGAGCUUGUUUGGCAUAGGAUUCUUCAUCAGUGGCUUCCUUAUAUCCGUUAUCCAAAAGGUGACUAGUGGACAUGGUCAAUAUGGUUGGUUCUCUAACAACCUGAAUUGCGCACAUCUCGAUUAUUUCUACUGGCUUCUUGCAGGACUUAGUACAUUAGAGAUGAUUGCCUUUUUGUGUUAUUCAAUCACAUAGUUGCACAAACAAAAGCACCACGCGAUUGGAACCCAUUUUAUUCAAGUUUUUCUAUUUAAUAUACUAGGUUAAUUUUGCCAAAUUCUCGGUGUUUGUCAUUUUACUUGUACUUUGCAAAGUAUCAGGAAAAUAAU